UCAAGCAAAAUUAAUGUUGCAUUUGGGUAGCAAAUGUUUGUGUGGGGUAGAAUGACUUGGUGGGAUUGUUUGUGAUUAUAAGUGUUUUUUCGUGUUGUCGAAGGGGCGGCUAAGACCUAUCACAGUCCAUCUUGGUGUUCCACGGAAUUAAUUUGUUACAAUUGCCCCAAACGUGACCAUUUAUAACUCGUCAAUUUAGCUACUGCAACCGAUCUUGAUAUGGAAUAUUGUCUAACAGAUCUUGGAAUUCUUCGAGACAAACGAUCCGUCAACAGAGAUUGGGAUGAGAAGCGACUGUUUUCCUGGGAGCGGGAAUCCUACCAACAAUUGGAUGAAUUUUUGGAUAUCAAAUCAAUAUUGCGAGAUGUAAAACGAGUACCGGAAUAUGAAUUGAAACAUCGCACCGAUGCAUCCGCUAGUGAUACGGUAUAUUUAGGCGUCUUUUUGAGACGACUUCGUCCAGAGGAGUAUGAGGAUGUUGGUUGUAUUGUGCAGAGAAAACGCCUGGUCCAGUUGUUUUUCAACGAAAUCGACCGAAAGGAUUUUUUCCACUUCCAGGAAUUAGAACUGCAUCCAGACGCAACCGACGGCAGCACUCUUUCGGUUGGUAAAUUCUAUGAGCGAUUGAGAGAAUGUCAUUUGGGUGACAUUUUAGAUCAGUCGAUUCCGGAGAACGUAAGUCAUGAGAAUUUGCGACCGACACUGAGACCAUAUCAAGUCAAUGCGAUUAGAUGGAUGCUGGAUAGGGAGACGAUUCCAAAACGACUCCCUGCACAAUACGCUGUGUUGAAAAGCUCCAAUGUAACAGAUGCCUAUUUUUAUAUGUACUUGGACAGUUUCGAGGUGGUAGACGAAGUACCAGCGGAUUUCUGUAUACCACCCGGUGGUAUUCUAGCUGACGAAAUGGGUAUGGGGAAAACUGUUGAAAUGUUGGGUCUGAUGUUGUACAACCGGAAGAAGAAACGUAAGUUGCGAGACCUUGAAGAGGAAGAGAGUUGUCGGACGGUUCCGGAAGGAGAAUUGAAAUGUGUUUGCAUUGGUAAGUCGACCAAGAGUUUGAUCGCAUGUGACAAGUGUGGUUUACAGCAACAUACGAAAUGCGUUUUGAAACACGCCAGGAAUGAACCGACUCGGUACUUAUGCCCAGAAUGCUGGCGAUCAGAGCCAUUGGUCGAAGCAGGUACCACAUUGAUUGUGUCCCCGGUAUCCAUCAAAAUGCAAUGGGCCUCGGAGAUCAAUAAGCACAUCAGUGAUAGAAACUUUAAAAUAUUUAUUUAUGAAGGUGUCUCCCAAAGUGGAUGGAUCAGUCCGUCUGAUUUGGCCGAAUACGAUGCCGUUCUGACGGAUUAUAAUGUGCUGAAAACAGAGAUAUACUUCACAUCAGCCAACGCUCGAACAUCUCGUCACGAGAAAAGGUUUCUCAAUGCAGUAUCACCACUUCCACUCGUUCGUUGGUGGCGAGUCUGUCUCGAUGAGGCCCAAAUGGUCGAGGGUGUUCAUAACCAAACCACAAAAAUGGUUAAAACACUGCCAGCAGUGCAUCGUUGGACCGUCACUGGCACACCGAUCGAGAAAAGUAUGGACAACUUGUACGGAUUGGUGCAUUUUCUGGACUAUGCGCCCUACAACAACUACCACGUUUGGCGGGAGUUGACACAGCGGUAUCAGUUCGGCAAUCCGCUCCCGCUGCUAACGGCAAUGACGCGAAUCAUGUGGCGAACGUGCAAGUCCGCCGUUUUGGACCAGCUGAACAUUCCUCCACAAACCGAGGUGGUUCACUUCAUCACGAUGUCAGACUUGCAGAAGUUUUUCUACCGCAUGGAGCAUGCCAAAUGUGCGGCCGCCUUCCACGAGAAAGCCGAGAAACUGGGCAGCGGUGUUUGUGUUUCGCACAUGAAUAUACAAACGUUUAAUCUGUUGACGGAACCAUUGCGUAAACUACGCCAAGAUUGCACUAUUCCUUCAAUAAUUCAUCGUUCGGAUCAGCUCGCUACUAAGAAGCUGCUUACACCGAACGAGUUGCAUGAACAUCUGACUACCAACAAUGAGAUGGAGUGCAAAAAACAGCUCCGCUCGAUUGUCUCCAGCAUCAACGGAAUGGCAGCAAUCCAUGUGAUAAGAAAAGAGUACGAUCAGGCUAUCAAAAUGUAUAAAUCGGUGCUGCGUUGGGCAGACGAUUACCAAGGUUCGAUUAGUGUUGAUAGUCUGCUUCAGAUCCAUGCUCUUUGCAAUUUACUCGAUGUCGUAAAUCUGAAGAAAGAGGCUGGCAUUGAGACGCCGGCUGAUGAGAUAGCCGCAUUCGAGCAACAGUACGCUAAGCUGGAAUGGAAGUACAUCGAGACCUACUCAAAUAUAGUGAAAGAUGUUGAGCGUGAGUUGAAUCCUGCGUCGGAGAAGGUGCAGGAAGUUUUAAAUCAGUUGGAUAACCGAAUUGACGGCCAUUGGUGGCGAAGUGUGAUCUAUCAUAUCGAUCGUGAUUCUAUAAAAACGACCAACUUCCUACUGAAGCUAAACAUCGAGGUACGCAAUCAGAACGCCAUGACCGAGGAAAUUAAUUCCGUGCGGGGGUUGGACUAUGUACUAACAGUUUGGCUUGACAAGGUUAAAAAACAGCGAAGUCUGUUGAAAAAAGCAUUCCAAACGAUCGAUUAUUUCAUUUCAAACCUCAAACCGAGCCAUUUUUGGCCGCCGGAUGUUAUGGUUCACAUUGAAGAACUCGUGAGGAUGGCUUUUCUUUGCCAUCUAGAUCCCGAAUUGUCCGAGCUGACAGAGAAGGAAAAACGGAAACGACCGACUUGUGUGCUGUGUGAGGUCAAGACAGUGCUCAAUCAGUACGAGUGUGUAAUUUUCCAGAAGCAGUUUAUGGAGAGUACCAAUACGACGGAAGGAUCUUGGCAGAUGACGGCACAGGAAAUGCUCAUCCGACAAAUCCAUUCGUUUUCGAAAAAGGAGCGAUUCGAUGAAACCACCAUCGAAACCGGCGAGUUAUAUGUGGCCUACCUGGAGCGCAUCAAGGCCGAAUUCAAAGAGUACUCCAAAUAUUGGGUUGAAAUAAACUACGCAGCGGCGGCCUACGAUGAGUUAAAUAUGUGCCGAUCCCGGUUGCAAGUGGUAACCGUGGAGGAGCUAGAACAGAACAACACUCGCAAAACUAUUCAACAGGUGCUAGACUGCGAAGUGGACGAAACAUUUGAGGACUUACAGUUGCAAAAGAUGAAUUCGGAGCAGGAAUUCGUCCGACUGAAGGGAACACUGAAAUACCUGCAACAUUUGGGUAGUACGGAGGAAAUCGAUCCCUGCCCGAUUUGUCGCAACGAACCUUGGAAGUAUGCAGUGCUGCAGUGUGGGCAUCACUUUUGCAUCGAUUGUGCUCCACAGAUUAUCCGACUCGCUCGCAAUCAGGAAGGGAAACUGGUUACCUGCGUAGUAUGCCGCCAUCGGCAGCGAGUUGCCGACAUCUACUAUGUUACUCGUACCAAUUCCGCUAGGGCAAAGCAGGUAAACGUGCGAGGCAAUUAUUCUAACAAAAUUCUAGACAUUGUAGAAACAAUACUGCAGCUCAAGCAGAAAGAACCGGACGUAAAAAUUUUAAUUUUCUCUCAUUGGGAUCCCAUCCUUAUAAUGCUGGCUAGAGCCCUGGAAGAAAAUGCGAUUACUUUCCGGACCAAGUCUGUCAAGUUCUAUAAAAGUAUCGAAGAGUUUAAAGACUAUAGGAACGAAAUCACCUGCAUGCUACUGCCGCUGAAGGCUGGCUCCAAGGGUCUUAACUUAAUCGAAGCCACACACGUAUUUCUGGUAGAACCGAUUCUCAACCCAGGCGAGGAGCUUCAGGCAGUCGGACGAGUUCAUCGUAUUGGCCAAACAAGACCGACAUUUGUGCAUCGAUUCAUUAUGCAACAUACAAUCGAAGAAACGAUUCACCAAACUAUCCAGAAAGAUCAAAGUGGAAGAUGGAGCUCGCAGCAAGUCACGGUUGAAAAUUUGGAGCAGUUGUUCAAACUGGAAAAUGAGGAUGCCGAUGAAGAUGAGGGCGACUUGUAAUCAUUCAAACAUUCCUUUAUUUAUAUGACGCUCAAUAAACGCAUAAUUAUAAUUCACUUCAACCAUAAAA